AUGGCACAACUCACAACCAUCCUCACGACGCUCUACAUCCUCUUCUCCCUCCCUCUGGUCUCCGCCUGGACGUUCGUCUGGAGAAACGCCAGCGGCAUCCCCACCGUCGAGGAUGGCAGCGGCGGAAGGAGCUGCAAGGAAAUCGACCAUGCCAAAGGACAACCCUUCGAAUUCGACAGCGAAGGCGAUCUUGUGCGCCUGUUCACGUACGCGCAAACCGACUGCUCGCGCACCUCCAGUGGGAAGUUCGAGAGUUACAUGCUGAAGAAUGCGAGUUCUGCGAUUCUCGCCUACGCCGUUAUUGACCUGGCUGGUGCGAACACAACCGUUGAAGGCGAAUUGACACCCUUCCCUGGGGCAGACUGGUUCAAGUCCGCUCCCAACAGUCCGAUCGUGACUGCCAUGGGACAGAGACUGGUCGACGAAGGAUGUGGAGAGUACAGCGAGGGGCCGGGGGCACAGUGGACUGAGUCGGACCGGAAGUCCUACGAAUGCUGGCAGAAGAAGCUGGGUUACAGUGGUAAAGAUGCAGAUGGCUGGCCGGGGAAGGGAACUUGGGACCAGCUCAAGGUGCCUGUGGCAGACGAGAGCGAGGUGGGAGACAGCAAUUCCUCGAGCACGGCGACGCCAUCCAGCACCCCUACAGCAACCAACACGCCUGUUCCGGAUACGAGCAGCUCGUCGGAGUCGUCACUCAGCGGCGGCGCAAUUGCAGGGAUAGUCGUGGGCUGCGUGGUCGGAGUGGGACUCAUCUCGGCGAUACUCUUCCUCGCGAGACGGGUCAAGCGCCGGUCUACCCCUGAAGCUGGCGAGGAUGAGCAGGAGCGACAACCAGAAGGCGAUGGUGAUGGUGACGGCGGUGCUGUAGCGGUGGCAGUAGAGGAAUCCAAGAGAUCCUCUCUGGAAAAGCUGCCUGCAGAGGCCGAGGCGAUUCCAGCAAAGGUCCAGACGAAGCAUUUCGCAGAGCUGCCGGGGGACUUGGGCUCAUCGGAGCUGAGCGAGACUCGCAGGAUUAACGAACUAAGCGACAGCCAGAGGGUUGUCGAGAUGGGCGAGAAGUAG